AGUAAAGAAACAAUAAGAAUGAGGAAUUUGUUAAGGAUAGAGUUGGUGUGUGUGAUAGUGUUGUUUUUCUGGGUUUUUUCUGUGUCAGCCACUGUCACCUAUGACCACAAAUCUCUGCUCAUCAAUGGCCAGAGAAGGAUUCUCUUCUCUGGGGCCAUUCACUACCCCAGAAGCACCCCUGAUAUGUGGCCAGGGUUGAUACAGAAAGCCAAAGAGGGAGGCCUGGAUGCUGUUGAAACCUAUGUGUUUUGGAAUGGACACGAACCUCUUCCUGGAAAAUAUUAUUUUGAGGACAGGUUCGACUUGGUUAAGUUCCUGAAGUUGGUGCAUGAGGCCGGCCUUUACGUUAUACUCCGCAUUGGUCCCUUCGUUUGUGCGGAAUGGAAUUUCGGGGGAUUUCCUGUUUGGUUGAAAUAUGUUCCGGGAAUUUCUUUCAGAACAGACAAUGAGCCAUUUAAGGCGGCAAUGCAAAAUUUUACAGAGUAUAUUGUCAACAUGAUGAAGACUGAGAAAUUGUUUGAACCUCAGGGAGGACCUAUCAUUUUGGCUCAGAUAGAGAACGAGUACGGACCAGUGGAAUGGGAACUUGGGGCACCUGGCAAAGCUUACGCCAAUUGGGCUGCUAAAAUGGCUGUGGGACUUGACAUUGGUGUGCCCUGGGUGAUGUGCAAGCACGACGACCCUCCUGAUCCCAUUAUUAAUACUUGCAAUGGCUACUACUGUGAGGGCUUCACUCCCAACCAAGUGUACAAACCCAAAAUCUGGACUGAGAAUUGGAGUGCCUGGCUCACUGAGUAUGGAGCUGGAGUCCCUAAAAGACCAGCAGAAGACAUGGCAUAUGCAGUUGCCAGAUUCAUACAAAAUGGAGGCUCAGUUGUUAAUUACUAUAUGUUCCAUGGAGGAACUAACUUUGGCCGGACGUCUGGCCUCUUCGUUACAACAAGCUAUGACUAUGAUGCUUUUGUUGAUGAAUUUGGACUUCUAAACCAACCUAAAUGGGGGCAUAUGAAGGAUUUGCAUCAAGCAAUAAAGCAAUGUGAAUCAGCUUUAUUGUCUGUAGAUCCCGAAGAGACUUGGUUUGGAAAAUACCUGGAGGUUCGUGUGUUCAAGGCAAACUCUAGUUGUGCUGCUUUCCUCGGAAAUUAUGAUCCCCAAACAUGGGGAAAGGUGACAUUUGGCAAUGCCCAAUAUGACCUGCCACCCUGGUCUGUUAGCAUUCUGCCUGAUUGCAAAACCGUCGCUUUCAAUACUGCAAAGGUUAGUGCACCAAGCACUGAUAUGACGUUUACACCUGUAAUUAAAGCAUUUUCAUGGCAGUCAUACAGCGAACUACCCGGGUCUCCCGGUGCAGGCGAGACGUUUUCAAAGAAUGAACUUGUUGAGCAGGUUAAUACCACGUGGGAUUCUACAGAUUACUUGUGGUAUAUGACAGAUAUCACUAUCGGAGGUAAUGAUCUGAAGAAUGGACAAUCUGCCAAUCUCACUGUAAUGUCAGCAGGCCAUGCUUUGCAUGUUUUCAUUAAUGGUCAAUAUUCAGGAACUGCGUAUGGGAGUUUAGGAAACUCUAAAUUUACAUUUAGUCAGGAGGUAAAGCUGAAUGUUGGCAGUAACAAAGUUGCUUUGCUUAGUGUUUCUGUGGGCCUACCGAAUAUCGGUGUUUUUCAUUCUGUGCACUUCGAGACCUGGAAUGUUGGGUUGUUAGGUCCAGUCACGCUGAGUGGUCUAAGUGAAGGGACAAGAGAUUUGUCAAAACAAGAAUGGUAUUACAAGAUUGGCCUGAGAGGUGAAAUCUCACCCAUUUAUACUGAGAGCGGUAGUACCUCUGUUAAAUGGGCAGAAGGUCCAGAAUUGGCCAAUAAAAGAGCCUUGACAUGGUACAAGACUACCUUUGACGAACCGGCAGGUACCGAUCCAUUGGCUUUGGAUAUGCUUAGCAUGGGGAAAGGUCAGAUAUGGAUAAAUGGUCAGAACAUUGGACGGCACUGGCCAGCAUAUAUAGCAAAGGGUAAUUGUGUUGACAAGUGCAAUUAUGCUGGAACUUAUACUGAUACAAAAUGUCGACUUUAUUGUGGAUCACCCUCACAAAGAUGGUUUCAUGUCCCUCGUGGAUGGCUAAAGCCAACUGGGAAUCUCUUAGUUGUAUUUGAAGAAAUGGGAGGUGACAUUGGCUAUAUCGCUCUAGCCAAAGAAACAAGGUAG